AUGAUAUUCCUCUGCUUAUUGAGUCUUUUGGUUUUAAUUUUAAUAACAAAGUUUUAUUGGUCAAGGCGGCAUCUUUAUUUAGCUGCAGCUAAAUUUAAUGGCCCAAGAGGUUUACCAUUAAUUGGAAAUGCAUUAUCUUUUUUCUGCAACUCCGAGGAUGUACAAGAUAGAAUUAAACCAAUCUUUGAACAUAUACAUCAUGAGCCAAUCAGGUUUUGGUUAGGACCGUAUUUACUAAUUGUACUGCAAAAUCCAGUACAUUUAGAGAAAAUAAUGUCUUCGCAGAAAUUCGCCUAUAAACACGAUCUAUACACUUUUUUAGAAACAUUUGUCGGAAAUGGACUUAUAAGUGCUUCAGGACUAAAACCCAAGUACAAAAUCCACAGAAGAAUUAUUCAACCUAUGUUUGAUUUGAAAUUUGUAAUUAACGCUUUUCCUAUCAUGCAAACUCACGUUGACAUAUGCAUGAAAAAAUUAUCUAAAUAUCUUGGAAAGGAUAAUUUUAAUAUAUUUACUGUUAUUGCUCCUUGCUCUAUGGAUAUAAUGACAGAGGUAAUACUUGGUCAAAAACUCAAUAUCCAAAAUGGCGAAAACACUGAACUUUGUAAAGCGAUGUUGAAAAUGUUGAAUAUUGGAUUUACAAGAAUGGUUAAAAUAUGGCUACAUCCUGAUUUUAUAUACAACUGGCAUUCUUUAAAAAAGGAACAAGAUUCAAUAUUGGCAACAAUACAUAAUGUUGUAAAUGAAGCUAUAAUUGAUUCAUGGGUAAGAAGAAAAUUGACAAAAACUAAUUCAAAAUUUAUUCCUAUUAUAGACACUUUGUCAGAAUUCAAACAAAAUAAUCCAGAUAGCAUUAAUCAAGAAGAUUUUGCGAACCAUUUAAUAACAUUACUCGCUGCGUCAGAAGAUCCUUUUGCAAUAAUUUCGUCUUUUACAGUUGUAUGUUUUGGAAUGUAUCCUGAAUAUCAGAACAAAGCGGCACAAGAAAUUAGAACUGUAAUUGGUGAAGAAUAUAGAAAUAUCACAGUGGAGGAUAUUUACAAAUUAACUUAUUUGGAUAUGUGCGUAAAAGAUGUGAUGCGGCUGUUUCCAAUAGCACCUUAUAUUUUAAGAAAAACUUUAGAAGAUUAUCAUUUAGAUAAAUGGAUAAUACCUAGAGGAGCUGCCAUAGUUGUGCCAAUAUAUUUUUUACAUAGAGAUCCAGAAUUUUGGGCUAAUCCGGAACAUUUCCAUCCAGAUAAUUUUUUGCCAGAAGUUAGCCAGAAAAGGCAUCCAUAUGCUUAUUUACCAUUUAGUGCUGGACCCAGAGGGUGUAUAGGUAAAACAUUAGCAAAUAUAGAGAUAAAAUUAUUUUUGGCCAAUUUCCUGUUGAGAUUUGAAGUUGUGGCUGAUGGUAAAGUUCCUGACAUGGCAUUACAAACAGAUAUCUCGAUGAGACCAAAAUUUGGAUACAAUUGUCGAUUGAAAGAAAGAAAUUGGAAAACUGAUGCAUUCUAA